AUGUUAUCAUCCACUAAAAUUAGUUGCGUUCUGAAGACGGAGAAAUCUUUGAAGAAAUCUGCAGAGGAGGAUAAGGAUGAAGACGAAGCUUCUAAAGAGGCUAAAAUCUCCGACUCUGCUAUCUUCAAGGAAGAAACCAACAAGGCCGACGAGUUAAUUAACCCGGAGAAAAAGGCACUGGACAAAUUCAAGGUUCUGAUACAAGACGCGCUUGGCAAGCGCGAGUUCUCCGCCCCGCCGCCUCCGCCGCUGACCACCGUCCAGGAGGAGGAGAAAAAGAAGAAGCCGAAAGCGGAGGAGAAAAAAGAAGAAGAAGAAAAGCCUAAGGUCGAAGAGAAAAAAGACGACGGCCCAAAAACUGAAUCUUGCAGAGAAGCUCCGCCGCCGGCGGUUGGGCCAGAGAAUAAAGUUGAUAGUCCUAAGAGAAAGCGGAGGCCGCAGAGGAAAUCAAUGAAACUAUCGUCCUUCUUACCAUAUGCCUCGGGGAACCAUUUUUGGAACUGA